AUGCUGUGGAAUUGGGUAGCCCUCAUUGCUGGCGCAGUUAGUGUCUCCUCACACGCAACUCACCAUGCAGAAGAUACCUUCUCCCAAGAGCGACUAGAUGAGCUGGAGAGGAAGUGGGGUACAGAUUGGAGUUUCAGUGGUAUCUCUACUUUCGCACACCUACCGCACACGCGCUGCUUGACCCAUCCCGAAACGACGUACGACAUUGCCAUCCUCGGCGCGCCCUUCGAUACCGCCGUCUCGUACCGUCCCGGUGCUCGUUUUGGCCCCCGUGCCAUUCGUGCUGGCUCCGCGCGUCAGACAUCCUUCCGCGGCUUCAACCCCCGAGCAAACCUGAAUCCGUAUACAUCAUGGGCCAAGAUUAUAGAUUGCGGAGAUAUCCCAAUUACGCCAUUCGACAACGUCUUAGCCCUGAAGCAGAUGAGCGAGGCAUUCAUGGAGCUGGGGAAGAGGCCUGCAACAGAGAAGAGCGCCGAAAGUGGCGUCCAGUACUUGAAAAAGCCCAAGUUGCUCACACUAGGCGGAGAUCACAGUAUUGCAUUGCCUGCUUUGAGGGCGUUAAAGGAGGUGUACGGGCAGCCAAUCGCGGUAGUGCAUUUCGAUGCGCACCUUGAUACAUGGCAUCCAGCCAAGUAUCCUUCUGCAUGGCUCGAUGAGAGCUCACUUUCCUUCAAUCACGGCAGCAUGUUUUGGGUGGCCUCAACAGAAGGUCUGAUUGCGAACGGUUCGAGUGUGCAUGCAGGGUUGAGGACGAGACUGUCCGGCGACGGACCAGAAGACUACACGGAUGACUCGCAACAGGGAUGGCAUCGCAUCAGUACAGAUGACCUCGACGACAUCGGGGUCAAGGGGGUCAUCAGUUCAAUUAUGGACCGUGUAGGCACCGAGACACUUGUCUAUCUUAGCAUAGACAUAGACGUUAUCGACCCUGGUAUGGCCCCAGGUACGGGCACGCCUGAGCCUGGCGGUUGGACCACGCGUGAACUCAUCAGAAUUCUACGGGGCAUUGAAGGGAUGAAUGUCAUUGGUGCGGAUAUCGUCGAGGUCAGUCCAGCCUACGAUGGUGCUGCGGAAACGACAGGCCUUGCUGCGGCCCAAGUGGCCUACGAAGUCCUUACAAGCAUGGUCAGGAAGGGUCUCAUAGAGCAAGCACGGACAAAGGUGAAGACUUCUGACGAGAAAGAUGAGCUAUAAGUGAGAGUAUCGCCUAUAGACAACUGUGUCCACCACUGUUCUACGAUUUUGGAUGAUCAGACGCUUGUAUUGAGUGGAUAUAGCUAUCGCAUGCUGUUGAUUCUCAUUACAGUCGUAGUUGUUGUGUGAUACGGUAUGCAUUUUACGAGUCUGCGAGC